AUGGCCCCGGGAGAGAAGGAAAGAGAGGAGGGCCCAGCCAAGCGUGCUCUCCGGAAGGUUCGCACAGCCACCCUGGUUAUCAACUUGGCCCGAGGUUGGCAGCAGUGGGCAAAUGAGAACAGCAUCAGGCAGGCCCAAGAGCCCUCAGGCUGGCAGCCAGGGACCACCCAGGAUGCAUCCCAAGCUCCUAAACCAGUGAUCUACCCUACCCCCCACCAGAAAGCUCAGAGCACCCCAAAAUCUCCCUCCAAAAAGCCAGAGGGACUUGGAGAUGGACAGAGCGCAGAGGGGGCCGCUGAAGUCUCUCAUAUCAAAAGGAGAGAGGUGACCAAAACAAUUGUCAGCAAAGCUUAUGAGAGAGGAGGGGAUGUGAGCCACCUUAGCCACAGAUAUGAGAAGGACAGUGACAUGCCUGGAGCGGGGCAGCAAGAAGAUGAGAUUGACAGAAUCCUCCACAGCCAUGGCUCCCCAGCGCGGAGGAGAAAAUGUGGCAACAUGGUAUCUGAGCUGACCAAAGGCUGGAAAGAGAUGGAGCGGGAUGAGCCCAAGUGGAGGAGCGACAGCCUAGACACAGAGGACAGCGGCUACGGAGGGGAGACCGAGGAAAGGCCCGAGCAGGACGGAGAGCAGGUGGUUGCCACCAGAAUCAAACGCCCUUUGCCUUCCCAGGCAAAUAGAUUUACAGAGAAACUCAGCUGCAAGGCCCAGCGGAAAUACAGCCAAGUGAACAACCUGAAAGGAAGAUGGCAACAAUGGGCUGAUGAGCACAUACAGUCACAGAAGCUCAAUCCUUUCAGUGAGGAGUUCGAUUAUGAGCUGGCCAUGUCUACCCGCCUGCAAAAAGGGGAUGAAGGCUAUGGCCGUCCCAAGGAGGGGACCAAAACUGCAGAAAGGGCCAAGCGAGCUGAGGAGCACAUCUACAGGGAGAUCAUGGACAUGUGCUUCAUCAUCCGCACAAUGGCCCACCACAGACGAGAUGGCAAGAUUCAGGUUACUUUCGGAGACCUCUUUGACAGAUAUGUUCGUAUUUCAGAUAAAGUAGUGGGCAUCCUAAUGCGUGCCAGGAAGCAUGGACUGGUUGACUUUGAAGGGGAGAUGUUAUGGCAAGGCCGAGAUGACCAUGUUGUGAUUACUCUACUCCAGUGAACCUUCAACUACAAAAGCCAGACUUGACUCACUGUUGUCUUAAUGCUAAAUGCUAAUGUAGUAAAAAUUAAAAUGCAGACUUCUCUGUAA